AUGUUUAAAAAACUAAAAGUAGUAUUUUCUAGAGCAAAAUUAUCACCAGAGGAAGCAGAGUGCAAGAAUGAAGGUGUCCCUCCACCACCCAAAUCAUCUACAGGCCAGGGUGAAAAUAAAAAAACAGAUGAGCCACAGAAAGCAGAGGCCAAUAAGAAAGCAGAACCUAUACCAAAGAAACAAGAUACAGUACCAGUAAAAGAACUCAAGCCUUCAAAAAUGGAAAAAUCAACUGAACCAGCUAAGACAACUCAACAGGAACAGCAUCAGCUCAGUGAUGGGAAUGAAGAUGCUGACACACAGAAGCCAACAUCUUCAGGUUUCCAAACAAAUGAGUAUGCUGAUGCCCAACUUCAACAGAUUGUCAGAAAAAUGCGGGAAAGGGCAACAGUCUAUAAGGAAAAGCUGAAAGACCCAGUGUUGUCCUCCCCUGAAGGCACACCAUCAAAGAAGAAGCCUCCACCCCCACCAAAAGAAGAACAAAAAGGAGAAAAGAAAGAAGAUGCAGAAGUAAAGCCAGAGGAGGAUCAUUACUGUGAUAUGCUGUGCUGUAAAUUCAGAAAACCUCCACUGAAAAAAUACAUGGAGUAUCUGCAUCUACCAGACAGCAUAGACUCAUACACAGAUCGCCGUUACGUAGCAUGGCUCAUGCUUGUGACAGUUGCCUAUAAUUGGAAUUGCUGGUUUAUUCCCCUUCGCUUCGUGUUUCCGUAUCAAACCCCAAGUAAUACAAUAUAUUGGUUUAUCAUAGACAUCAUUUGUGAUAUCUGCUACCUGUGCGACUUACUGAUUUUCCAGCCCAGAGUGCAAUUUUUAAAAGGUGGAGAUAUAAUAGUAAACAGAGUGGAAAUGAAGAAAUUCUACUACAGUUCUAUGAAGUUUCGGCUCGAUGUGAUAUCAGUAUUGCCGUUUGAAGUUUUGUACUUCUUCUUCGGAUUUAACCCAGCUUUUAGAGCAAAUAGGAUGCUAAAGCAUAACACCUUCUUUGAGUUUAAUGAUCGUUUGGAAGCUAUCCUGGACAAAGCAUACAUCUACAGGGUCAUUCGAACAACUGGAUACUUGCUGUUUAUCUUGCACCUUAAUGCAUGCCUGUAUUAUUGGGCUUCAGACUAUGAAGGACUUGGCAGCACUAGAUGGGUAUACGAUGGCAAAGGAAACAUGUAUCUGAGGUGUUACUACUGGGCAGUUCGUACUUUAAUCACUAUCGGUGGCCUUCCAGAACCACAAACCCUGUUUGAGAUAAUUUUUCAACUCCUGAAUUUUUUCUUGGGUGUCUUUGUCUUCUCCAGCUUAAUUGGACAGAUGAGAGAUGUAAUUGGAGCAGCUACAGCAGGCCAGAACUACUACCGUUCCUGUAUGGACAACACUGUCUCCUAUAUGAACACUUACUCUAUUCCAAAAGGGGUUCAAAAUCGUGUUCGAACCUGGUAUGAAUACACGUGGGACUCUCAGGGAAUGCUGGAUGAAUCAGAAUUACUGGAGCAGAUGCCCACCAAAAUGCAAUUAGCCAUUGCAAUAGAUGUGAACUUUGCCAUUGUCAAUAAAGUUGACUUAUUCAAAGGAUGUGAUACCCAGAUGAUAUACGACAUGCUGCUAAGGUUGAAAUCCAUUGUGUAUUUACCUGGUGACUUUGUCUGCAAAAAGGGGGAGAUUGGCAGAGAGAUGUACAUCAUUAAACAGGGUGAAGUUCAAGUCCUUGGAGGCCCUGAUGGUACAAAAGUCCUGGUUACACUCAGAGCAGGAGCUGUAUUUGGGGAGAUCAGCCUAUUAGCCGCAAGUGGAGGAAACAGAAGGACUGCCAACGUGGUGGCUCAUGGUUUUGCCAACCUUUUCAUUCUGGACAAGAAAACACUCAAUGAAAUCUUGGUGCAUUAUCCUGACUCAGAAAAACUUCUCAUGAAGAAAGCAAAGGUGCUACUGAAGGAGAAGGGGAAACCUGCUCCAGGACCACCAGUGCAACAACCACGGGGCUUGGCCAGUCUGUUUGGGCAGAAACAGGAAACUCCAAAAUUGUUCAAAGCGAUGCUUGGAGGUAAAGGAAGGGAAGGCCUUGCUAGGCUGCUGCAGCUGAAGAGAGAACGAGACAUUCAGAGCAGACCAAAUAAAAACAAAGAAAAAGCAAGGAAACAAAAGUCCUCAAAGAAAGAAACUCAAGCUGAAGCAGAGAACAAGCCUGAACAAGAGGAGAAGAAAUCCGCGGAGCCCGCGGCCUCAUCCGCACCCCCUGCACAAAAGGAAGAGCCAAGUGCAGACACUAAGCCUAAACCACCUGCAGUUAUGCACAGAAGAAGCACUAAGGAGUCUCUGAUCAUUAGUAUGUCUCCAUCCCCCAGAGCAGGAGAAGGAGAGAUCCUUAAAGUUGAAGUUAAAGAGAAAAAAAAGAAAUAG